UAACGCUAAACUUUCAUACUACCUCGGCUCAAAUAUUUUUGGGUCGGCGCGUCACCCUCACUCUUACCCUCAUCUUUUCUCUCCUCCCUCCCAAAAUUUCCCAAUUCGCUGCAAUCUUGGAGCUAAACAUCACCCCAAAAUUUCAAUCGAAUCCUUUUAUUUUUUCUAUUUUUCGAUUAGUACUUACGUUAAAAUUUAGACAUAGGCAUUCAUACACACAUAUACGUAUACAUAUUAUACACGCGUAUAUGUAUUCCGUUUUUUAUCUGGCACAAGUUGAAUACAAAGCACUUUAUUCUUUGCGAUUCACGAAAUCUCUCCCAUCUUCUGUUUUCUCGAUAGGUUUGUUCAAUUUUUGAUGGUUUUUUCGUUUCUGAGGACAAAAAUCUUUAAUUUUUGUUGAGGGUCCAAGAGAUUUUGUAGAUUACUCUUUUAUUUUAUGGUUAGAAUCCUGGGCUGUUUUCAGUUUCGUCGGUUUUGUUGUUCCGUGGUUCAAACUGGGCUUACCAGGGAAGUUCGUGAAGAAGUAUAACUGUGGUACUGAGAGUUAUUGGGUGAAUUUGCUCGAGACGAUUUGUAUAACUUUUCCUGUUUUAUUCAAUUUAAUUGUUUUGGAAAGAGGGUUAGGGUUUUUAGCUUUUCGGUUGAAUUCAUCUGAUAAGGGACAAUGAUCGCGAAACAGAUGAGGAAAUUUGAAACGAACCUCAAGCGAUGCAAAGCAGAGAAUAAGGAAGACUUCCCCGGUGAGAAUGAGGGGGAAUCGUGCUUCACAGUGAAUUCCAAGAACGUGAAAACAACCGAUGGGCUUUUCACUGUUCCUGUAAAACAAUUUGAAGAGUGCAACAUUAAUUUCCAGAACAAUUUGCCCACUGGAGCUAGUUUCUACAUCGGUGAAGUGAUCUCUAUACCCCAAACUAAAAUUCGGACUCAAACUCAGACUCAGAUAGGUCUUAAUAAUAAGCCUCCUCUGUUGAAGUCUACUAGAGGGCGUACACAGGUACUACCAUCGAAAUUCAAUGACUCAGUUUUGCAUUCAUGGAAGAAAGAAAAAUCUGAGAGUGAUGAUUAUGGAAGCAGUACUUUGGAUACAGAUAAUGUGGACAGUGGAAAUCAUAGUAAGAAGAAACUAAAGCGUCAAAAGUUUUGCAAUGAUGAAAUAUAUUUAGUCAAAAAACAGAAAAUUGAAGAUCAAAAUGGCUUUCAAUUUUAUAAUACAAGUUUAUUACCCCACUCCAACACCAAAUAUGGGUAUAGAGACUGUUCUGACAGUAAAAUGUAUUCGAGUUCCCGGAGUUCAGUGACAUCAGUUAAUGAAGGAUGUUCUAGUGUUUCACAAGUGGUGGAAAGUAGUGGAUACUCAAGGAGGGAGGUGAAUGGAUUUGUGGGAGUGCAGAAGAUGGUCAAGGAGAAGGAGACUGUAAAGAAGGCUGAUUUUUAUCAGCCUGAAGAUUUUGUAUUUGGGGAUAUAGUUUGGGCUAAAUGUGGUAAGAAUUUCCCAGCUUGGCCUGCUAUUGUGAUUGAUCCGCUGUGGCAAGCACCUGAAUCUGUUCUGAGGGCUUGUGUUCGAGGCACACUCUGUGUGAUGUUUUAUGGGUAUUCAAAGAUGGGACAGAGGGAUUAUGCAUGGAUAAAAGCUGGAAUGGUUUUUCCCUUUCACGAAUAUAUGGACAGAUUUCAGGGGCAGACUAAGUUGUAUGGCAGCAAACCUAGUGAUUUCCAUAUGGCUAUAGAGGAAGCUAUUUUAGCUGAAAAUGGCUACACAAAUCCUUCGGUGGAGACUGUGCAGGAAGCUUUACCUGAGACAAAAUUCAGUGAAAUUGAACAGGCGACUGGGUCAAAUCAGGAGUCACAAUAUAAUUUCAUCAAGCAGGAUUCAAAUGACAAGAGAUAUGACACACGCCCUUGUGAAAGCUGUGGACUCAAUUUUCCAUGCAGAACUAUGAAGAAAAUAAAGGGCAAAACUGCAAAAACACAUUUCUUGUGCAAGCACUGUGUUAAGUUAAGGAAAUCAAAACAAUAUUGUGGUGCAUGCAAGCAAAUCUGGCACCAUUCUCGUGGUGGAAGUUGGGUAUGCUGUGAUGGUUGUAAUGUUUGGGUACAUGCUGAGUGUGCCAACAUUUCCAGUGAACUUUUAAAGGAUCUGGAGAAGGCGAAUUACUUCUGCCCAGAGUGCAAAGCAAAAUCUACCGCUGAUUUCUUAGUUGUGGGUAAACAGCAAUUUGAUGUUAGGUCUGCCCAGAAUCCUGGACAAAAUUUUCCGUCUGACAAGAUCACUGUUGUCUGCAAUGGUGUGGAAGGUGUUUAUCAUUCAAGUCUGCAUCUGGUUCAAUGUAGUUGUGGUUCAUGCGGGGCAAAGAAACAAUCGCUUAGUGAAUGGGAGCGACAUACAGGUUCUAGAGCAAAAAAAUGGAAGUCAAGUGUUAAGGUGAAGGGUUCAAAUUUAACACUUGAAAAAUGGAUUGUAGAGUACAAUGCACAUGGCUUUGAUCUUCUUCGUUUGGAUGAGAACAAGCUGUUUGGUUUGUUGCAAGAAAACUAUGAACCUGUUUAUACAAAGUGGACUACAGAACGCUGUGCUAUUUGUAGAUGGAUUGAAGAUUGGGACUACAACAAGAUGAUAAUAUGCAACAGAUGUCAAAUAGCUGUACAUCAAGAAUGUUAUGGAGCGAGAAAUAUUCAGGAUUUUGCUUCAUGGGUCUGUCGAGCAUGCGAAACACCAGAGGUUGAGAAAGAGUGUUGUCUCUGUCCUGUAAAAGGUGGUGCAUUAAAGCCAACUGAUGUUGGAACUUUAUGGGUUCAUGUUACAUGUGCAUGGUUUCAGCCAGAAGUCGCUUUUUCCAAUGCAGAGAUGAUGGAGCCUGCAACAGGUCUUCUUCGAAUUCCGGCAAGUUUCUUUGCUAAGGCGUGCAUUAUUUGCAAUCAGAUUCAUGGGUCUUGCACCCAGUGUUGCAAGUGUGCCACCUAUUUCCAUGCAAUGUGUGCUUUUCGUGCUGGAUAUCGCAUGGAAUUGCACUGUGCGGAGAAGUACGGUACACAGAUUACCAAAUGGGUCUCAUAUUGCGCUGUUCAUAGGACGCCAAGUGCGGAGAAUGUACUAGUCAUACAGACUCCCAAUGGGGUUUUCUCGACCGGAAGCUUACUUCAAAAUCAGAUUCAAGAACAGUGCUUGGGUGGUUUGAGGCUCAUCUCAUGUAGGACUGCUGAAUGUUCUGAUUCAUUGGCUGCUGAUACUUAUGAAAUCGAUCCCAUGUCUGCUGCAAGGUGUCGCAUUUUCGUACGAUCAAACAGAAAGAGGGCUGUACAAGAGUCAGUAUUCCACCGACCAAUGGGGCCAAGCCAUCAUCCUUUUGAUGUUAUAGAUUGUUUAACUUUACACAAACAAGUUGAAGUUGGAACUUGUUUCUCAACCUUCAGAGAGCGACUAAGCCAUUUACAGAGGACAGAAAAAAAUCGGGUUUGCUUUGGUAAAUCAAGAAUACAUGGAUGGGGCCUCUUUGCAAGGCAGAACAUUCAAGAAGGAGAAAUGGUUCUUGAGUAUCGAGGUGAGAAGGUGAGGCGCAGUGUUGCUGAUCUGAGGGAGGCACGCUAUCGUUCGGAAGGCAAAGAUUGCUAUUUUUUCAAGAUAAGUGAGGAAGUAGUAAUUGAUGCCACAAAUAAAGGGAACAUAGGCCGCUUGAUCAAUCACUCGUGUAUGCCCAGCUGUUACGCAAGAAUAAUGAGCACGGGUGAAGAAGAUAGCCGAAUAGUUCUUGUAGCUAAAAUUGAUGUUUCAGCUGGUGAAGAAUUAACGUACGAUUACUUGUUUGAAUCUGACGGGCACGAUGAAGUUAAAGUUCCGUGCUUAUGUGGAGCUCCAAACUGCCGGAAAUUCUUGAACUAAUGCAUACCAAUUUUUUUGCAAGGAACACAACUAAAGAUGAGAAUUUUGUUGAUUUUCCUUAAGUGCAAUUUUCAGUUGCAAAUAAGUGUAAUUUGACCGGCCCAAUAGUAAAUCUUUUUUUGUAAUUUGUGGCAAAGAAGGCAUGUUCUGUUUUGGGGCGCUGGAGUAAUGUUUCACCAGCUUAUAAGGCAUGUUCUCUCAUAUAUCUACAUUUUUUUAUUAUGUUACACCA